ACAAAAAGAAUAAUAAGAAUAACCACAAAGAAAAAACUAGAUAAAGCCUCUUCUUGCUUUCCUCCUUCCUCCAUCUUCACUUUAAUGCUUUAUUACUUUCUUAGCUCUGCUAUUCCACUAUAGUGUGAUUCUCCACCAUCUCCCUAAAGAGCCAUCAAACUUUAUUAAAGAGAAAAAAAAUAAAAACGCAAAAGGAUUGAACACCAUGGUUUUCUCUUCUAUUCCAUCUUAUUUAGAUCCUCUCAAUUGGCAGCAACAACCAAAUCAACAUCAGUUGCUUCCACCACUAUCCUCACAGCCACAUGGUGCUGGCUCAAUAAUCAGGCCUGGUUCGUUACCGGAUCAAGCUCAAGUUCAAGCUCAGGAAGUUCAAACAGGACAGGCUCAGGCUCAGGCUCAGCAAGGUAAGUUACCACCACCGUCAGAAACAGCUUUAAAGUGUCCUCGUUGUGAAUCAACCAACACAAAAUUUUGUUACUACAACAACUAUAACUUGUCUCAACCAAGACACUUUUGCAAGACGUGUAGGCGUUAUUGGACGAGAGGGGGUGCGUUAAGAAAUGUUCCUGUUGGUGGAGGGUGUCGUAGAAGCAAAAAGACCAAAAAGAGUACUAGUACUACUACUACACCCUCCAAAUCAAAUGAUAAAGAAUAUUCAACAAGUGCAAUCCAUUCAACUACUUCAAACCCUCAUGGUGAUCAAUUUUUACAUCCAACUAGCAGAAAUUACUUGAACAUGUCAUCACUUCAGAAUCUGAACCGGUUCGGUGUUGGAAACAUGUUUCAAAUGGGAGAUUAUAGCUCAAAUACCGGUGGAGGAGAAGGCGGAGUUGUAGAUCAGUGGCGAUUUCAACAAUUUCCUUUCAUGAAUAAUGGUUUUGAGUCAAGUUCAAAUGUUUCUUUCCCAUUUCAAAGUGAAAUUAUUGAACCACAAACUUCGUCUAGGGUUACUACUCAGAUACCUACAUCGAUUAAAUCGGAAUAUAACGGAGGUUUGAAUUUGCUAAGAUCUCCUCUUAGCUUCUCACAAAAUAACAACCAUUACAACAAUUCAUCAUGGACUGAUAUUUCUGGUCUCGCAACUUCUUCCACUAGUCGUCUCAUGUAAUCAUUUGUGCACUGCUAGAAAAAGUUGAAUUAUCGACGAGAAUUAGAGAUUGGAAUUUUUUUUUUAAAUUGAUCUCUAAUUUUGACAUCUCUAAUUAAUACUUAGAGAAAAAAAUUAGAGAAGGUUAUGUUUUUUUCUCUCUCUAAUUAUCCGUUGCUAAUUCAACUUUUUUUAAUAGUGUGUCUAUGGUUAAAUCUUCCAUUGCCGAUCUCUAAAUCCUGGGCAUCAUCUUUGACAGAUCAUAUAGAAAAUGAAUUUGUCCAGCUGAACAACAUGAUUUGCAAGUUCCAUUGUCUUCAAGAUGGCGAAAAGUAAGAGAAAUUAACACAGGCAUGGUAGGUGAAAAUGGUUUUGUUGUUGUAUAUUUUCAUUUUCAUUGUCAUUGAUUAAUUGUUUUAUGUUUAUGCAUGGAGUGUGUUUCUUGUGUACUACUAUUCGAACUUAAUUUCUUUAAUUUGUAAAACAAUGUGUGCUUGUAGUAAUCAUCAACUAUAUUAUGUGAUUGCAUUCCCAAGUUAUGAUAUUAUUAUUAUU